AUUAAGUCUAGUCUAGGGGUAAAGCUCGCCGUGGGAGAAUCGAAGGCGAGAGGGAAGCAGUGAAACCCUAGCGGGCGCCAAAGUCGAGGGAGGAAUGUGUUGGUGGUGGUUGUAGCGGCGGUUGUAGUGGUAGUGUUGGCGGUUUUCUUGGUGGCCGUGCAGAUUGGUGGCAGCCAGUUGUGUUGAGGAGAAAGAUUGAAGAUGAGUCAAAGCAGCAGCAGCCCUCCAAGAGACCGCAGGAUCCGCACUGAACGUUCCUCGUAUCGUGAUGCGCCAUACAGGAGAGAUAUUCGCCGAGGUUCCAGGCGUCUUGAUCUGUGCAAGAAUUGCAAGCGACCUGGACAUUAUGCUAGGGAUUGCUCAAAUGUGGCUGUCUGCAAUAAUUGUGGCCUUCCUGGGCACAUAGCGGCAGAAUGCACGACAAAGGCUCUGUGUUGGAACUGCAAAGAGCCUGGCCACACGGCAAGCAAGUGCCCGAAUGAGGGUAUUUGCCAUGCAUGUGGCAAGGUGGGUCAUCUUGCGAGGGACUGUAGUGCUCCCCAGCUGCCGCCGGGUGAUUUAAGGCUCUGCAACAAUUGCUACAAGCAAGGACAUAUUGCUGCCAACUGCCCUAACGAGAAGGCUUGCAACAACUGCAGGAAGACUGGGCACCUGGCUCGUGACUGCCAAAAUGAGCCUGUGUGCAACCUGUGUAAUGUCGCUGGGCAUGUGGCCAGGCAGUGUCCGAAGGCGGAGGUUCUUGGUGAAAGGGGUGGCGGGCUUCGUGCAGGAUACAGGGAUGUGGUGUGCCGGAGUUGCAACCAACUAGGCCAUAUGAGCAGGGACUGCAUGGGUCCUUUAAUGAUCUGUCACAAUUGUGGUGGAAGGGGUCACUUGGCGUAUGAGUGUCCAUCUGGGAGGUUCCUGAUCCGUGGCCCUCGGAGGUACUAAAUGGUGGGCAGCUUAAAUUGAUGCUAUGGAGCUCUACAUCUGAACUUUUGAUAAAAUAUUAGAUGAACUGCAUUUUGAGUUUAUUUGUUUGGUCAUCUUUUGUCAUUUGAAUGAAUUUGGAUUCACCGGAGGCAUCGUUCUAGACCUGUAACAGUUAAUAAUUAAAGUUUAUGGUGUAUUUCUCUUGUUCUAAUUUGACUGGUUUUUCACCUGGAAACAA